AAUUAGCUGGGCAUGGUGGCACGCACUUGUAAUCCCAGCUACUCGGGGGGCUGAGCCAGGAGAAUUGUUUGAACCCAGGAGGUGAAGGCUGCAGUGAGCCGAGAUUGUGCCACUGCACUCCAGCCUGGGUGACAGCAAGACUUGAUCUCAAAAAAAAAAUUGGCCUGGCAUGGUGGUACAUGCCUGUCCCAGCUACUCAGGAGGCUGAGGCAGGAGAAUCACUUGAACCUGGGAGGUGGAGAUUGCAGUGAGCUAAGAUUGUGCCACUACACUCCAGCCUGGUGACAGAGCAAGACUCUGUCUCAAAAAAAAAAAAAAAAAAAAAAAAAAAAAAAAAAACGCUGGGCAAGGUGGCUCAUGCCUGUAAUCCCAGCACUUUGGGAGGCCAAUGCGGGCUGAUCACGAGGUCGGGAGUUCAAGACCAGCCUAACCAAUAUGGUGAAACCUUGUCUUUACUACAAAUACAAAAAGUAGGUGGGCGUGGUGGUGCACGCCUGUAGACCCAGCUACUCGGGAGGCUGAGGCAGGAGAAUCCCUUGAACCUGGGAAGCAGAAGUUGCAGUGAGCAAAGAUUAUGCCACUGCACUCCAGCCUGGGGGACAGAGCGAGACUGUCUCAAAAAAAAAAAAAAUUGUAGAGGUGGGUUGUUACUAUGUUUCCUUGGCUGGGCUCAAACUCCUGGGCUCAAGAGAUCCUUGGCCUCAGCCUUCCAAACUGCUGGGAUUACACAUGUGAGCCACUGCAGGUGUUUGGUUUUAGGUUUUAGCUGAUAGGUGAGGAGAAGGAUGGGGUGAAAGUGUUACUAAACAGCUCACUGCUUGAAGUGCUAGAAACUAGUACUAUGACACUGGGUUUUGGGCUGAAGCAAUUCUCACCAUGUUGGGCUAAUUUCAUUAGUUUUUUGAUAGUGGCAGAACCUCACUAUGUUGCCCACCAUGGUCUUACUCCUGGGCUGAAAAGAUCCUUCUGCCUCAGCCUCCCAAACUACUGCGAUUACAGUUGCGGGCCUGACACCAGGUUUGGGUUCAAGCAGUUCUCCCACCUCAGUCUCCCCAGCAGCUGGGAUUACAAGUGUGUAAUCCCUACGGAGUCUUGCUCUGUCACCCAGGCUGAAGUGCAUUGGCAUGAUCUUGGCUCACUGCAACCACCUCCUCCCAGCUUCAAGCAAUUCUUGUGCCUCAGCCUCCUGAGUAGCUGGGAUUAUAGGUGCCUGCCUAAUUUUUAUAUUUUUAGUAGAGACAGGGUUUCACCAUGUUGUCCAGGCUGGUCUCUUAACUCCUGACCUCAAGUGAUCCACCUGCUUUGGCCUCCCAAAGUGCUGCGAUUACAGGUGUGAGCCACCGUGCCUGGCCUAAUUUUUGUAUUUUUAGUAGAGAUGGGGUUUCACUAUGUUGGUCUCAAAAACUCCUGACCUCAGGUGAUAGACCCACCUUGGCCUCCUAGAGUGCUGGGAUUACAGGUGUGAGCUACCGCACCCAGCCAGGAAAAGCUUUUUAUUGCAAGUCAACUAGCAAAGAAGCAGGAGUCCGGCUCCAGUAUGUCUCCCUGUGCUGGCAUUAAGACAGUGAUUUUACUGGAAGAGUUUUAGGGGAUGGAUACUGGGAUUAGUAGGUGAUUGGUGAAGCGAGGGGAGGUCUGGAAAGUUCUCAGGCAUGUGCACAUGUGCAGUUAACUCUUCCUGCCUCUUCAUGGGUCCCCUGUGCAAAUUCUGGGGGAGUUAUAUUAUGAAACAUAGUGGAAAUUUAGGCUGUGAUGUCAACAAGCUCUUUCUGUGCAAACUCGUUGGCAAUAAUUGGGUCCAUCUGAUUUCAGACAGCUUUUUUUUAUCUGAUAAGCAGAGGGAAUUUCAGUGUUUCAUCAAGUUGUUUAUUUUCUUAUCUACCAUCCUGUAAACUCAAGGAUUUCUAGGGGCCAGGUAUGGUGGCUCACAGCUGUAAUCCCAGCACUUUGGGAGGCUGAAGUGUCAGGUUCACUUGAGGCCAAGAGUUUGAAACCACCCUGGGCAACAUAGUAAGACCCCCAUCUCUAUGAAAUAAAUUUUAAAAAUAAGUAAAUAAAUAAAUUAGCCAGGCAUGGUGGUGCAUACCUGUAGUUUCAGCUGCUAAGGAGCCUGAGCCAGGAGGAUCACUUGGGCCCAGGAGGUCAAGACUGCAGUGAGCUGUCUCUUAAAGAAUUUCUGGGCAGGGCACGGUGGCUCACGCCUGUAAUCCCAGCAUUUUGGGAGACUGAGGUGGGCGGAUCACGAGGUCAAGAGAUUGAGACUAUCCUUGUCAACAUGGUGAAACUCCGUCUCUACUAAAAAUACAAAAAUUAGAUGGGUGUGGUGGUUCACGCCUGUAGUCCCAGCCACUCGGGAGGCUGAGGCAGGAGAAUCGCUUGAACCAGGGAGGUGGAGGAGGUUGCAGUGAGCUGAGAUCAUGCCACUGCACGCCAGCCUGGUGACAGAGCAAGAUUCUGUCUCAAAAAAAAGAAUUUCUGUUAGUCUGGUUUCUUUAACUGUCUGUGACUUGGUUUCUUCUUUUUAUCUUUUUUAAGAAUCUCACUCCAUCACCCAGGAUGGAGUGCAAGGGCGCAAUCACAGCUCAUUGCAGCCUUGACCUCCGGGUCUCAGGUGAUUCUCCAAAAUCAGCCUCCUGGGUAGCUGGGAAUACAGGCAUACACUACCACACCCAGCUAAUUAUUUGUAUUUUUUAUGGAGACAGAGUUUUGCCAUGAAGCCCAGGCUUGUCUCAAACUUCUGGGCUCAAACCAUCCACCUGCCUCAACCUCCCAAAGUGCUAGGAUACCAGGUGUGUGCCACCACACCCGGCUGAGGGUGCAGCUUCAAAAGGAAGUGAUCCCUCAGUUUUGGGCCAGCCAGGGCCUGCUGGGAGAGUAGGACCCAGAACCCAGGUCUGCCAUUCUCGUCAAGCCCUGGACCCCAUCCCCCCUACCACAGCCAGUUUCUGGCCAGGCUGCCUCAUGAAAGGCCACAGGCCUGGCUGGAAUCUGCUGCCUCAGAGCCAGGCCUGUUCCUGGGGGAGGGGUGUUUGCCCGUUGCCAGGCACCCGGGUUCCGGCCCCUGGUACUAGCGGUGGCCAUGCUGCACGUGCUGCCCUCGCUGCCCUUGCUAUUCCUGCUGGUAAUGCCUGCCCCUACCCACGCCUGGUCGAGACCCCUCUGGUACCAGGUGGGACUGGACUUGCAGCCCUGGGGGUGUCAGCCAAAUACUGUAGAGGGCUGUAGGGGCCGCCUGAUCUCUCCUGGCUACUGGCUGGGCCCAGGAGCAAGCCACAUCUACCCCGUGGCUGGGGUCACAGUCACCACCGUGUUGCUGAUGAUCCGCGCUAAGAUGCUGCAGUGGUGGCGGCGCUCACAGGCCACCAAGGGUGAGCAUCCACAGGUGACCACUGAGCCCUGUGGCCCCUGGAAAUGGCGGGCCCCAAUCUCAGACCACACCCUGCUCCGUGAGGUCCUGCACUUGCUGGAUGCCCUCCUGGUCUACAUCGAAGGCCACCUACAUCAUCUAGCCACCCAGCAGCAAAUCCAAAUAAAGGGGACUUCCACCCAGAGUGGGUGAUCAAA